AUGAUUGGAAUUUUUUCUGAGGUUUAUUUGGUGGAUGGUACAAUUAUCAGGAAAGCACCUCGCAGUGGAAGUGAAGAGGAUUUACAACCGAUUAUCCGCGAAGCAACUAUAUACAACCUUCUGAAUGACCACCCUCACAUUGCCCAGUGUACCUCCCGAGGAAGGAUGGACUACAUUGACAUCAAAUACUAUCCGCAUGGUGAUCUCUCGAGUUUCUGUCAGAAAAACGAGGUUACUCCUGAACUAAGGUCAAAGUGGUUCCAACAACUGCUUGAGGCAGUGGCGGUCAUUCAUUCCUAUGAUAUUAUCCACUCUGAUCUCGCACUACGACAGUUUUUCGUUGAUGAUGGUUUGAACAUACGCUUGGGCGAUUUCAACUCGUCCCAGUACCCAGGACAUCCCGCGCUUGGGUACGAAAAGACAACGCACUGCUUGCCUAGGGAUUACGAGUUGCCUAACACGAUACUUUCCGAUACUUUUGCCCUGGGUUCAACCUUGUAUGAGCUUUUAACUGGCAAGGCUCCAUACACUGAUCUGUACCCUGUUGAGCCUGAGGACAUCGUUCGAUCUAGUGAUCCCGAUGUCAUACGCGCACGAUUUCAGCGACAACAACUCGCGGAUCUUGAAGUUGAACAGCGGUACAAAAACCAUGAAUUUCCCGAUGUAUCCCACCUGUUCCGUGGUGAUAUUAUAUUAGGAUUCUGGAAUGGGAGGAUUACUUCAGUAGAAGAAGCACUCGCGUUGUACACACAUACCCCAUAUUAG